GUGCCUGAGCGCGGAGUACAGCGGGGUCGGUGCAGGGAGCGGAUCACACGGGGCUCGGGGCUCUGCUCUCCGCACACACCCGGACACCGGGCGCACGGGCUGCCGGACACCUGCACAGGGAGUCCCCGAUGGACAUUUAGUAGCCGUCUGCUGAACAGCUGGAGAGAGUAUGGUAAAGCACCAACCGCUACAGUACUACGAGCCGCAGUUAUGUUUGUCAUGCCUGACCGGAAUUUACGGUUGCCGAUGGAAACGGUAUCAGCGGUCACAUGAUGACACCACUAAGUGGGAGCUUCUAUGGUUCAUGAUCCUCACAUUCACCUUCUUCCUCACACUCACGUGGUUUUAUUUCUGGUGGGAAGUUCACAACGACUACAAUGAAUUCAACUGGUUUUUAUAUAACAGAACGGGACAAUGGGGUGACUGGUCCAUUCCAAUCCUCGUAUCUACUGCUGCUGGCUUCACGUAUAUUACAGCACUCUUAAUAUUGGCACUGUGUCACAUAGCAGUGGGACAACAGAUGAAUCUACACUGGCUUCACAAGGGCUUCCUCGCCAUCGUACUAGUCACCACAGUGGUAGCCAUGACGUCUAUAGAACAAAUGUGGGAAGAAGAAUGGGAAGUCCUAUUAAUUUCCUUCCAGGCAACAGCUCCAUUUCUGCACAUCGGGGCUUUGGCCGCCAUCACCCUGCUCUCCUGGAUCAUUGCUGGCCAGUUUGCAAGAUCAGAAAAAGCCAUUUUUCAGGUGUGUUUAAUUUUAGCGUAUUUGGCUGUCGUCAUUGCACUCUAUCUCGUCCCGAUGACCAUUUCCUCACCGUGUAUUAUGGAGAAGGAUUUGCUGGGACCCAAACCCUCAGUCAUUGGCCAUCGAGGCGCACCUAUGCUUGCCCCAGAAAACACUUUAAUGUCUUUUAAAAAGGCGCUGGAGCAUCGGACGUCGGGGCUGCAGGCAGAUGUCACGGUAAGUUAUGAUGGAAUUCCGUUCAUUAUGCACGAUGACACCCUGAGGAGAACCACGAACAUCAAGCAGGUCUUCCCCGAGCUCUCGUCUCAUCUGCCCGCCAUGUUCAACUGGACCGACCUCGAGAGGCUGAAUGCUGGAGAGUGGUUUAUAAAUAAUGACCCUUUCUGGACGGUGAGCUCGCUGUCCCCGGUGGAUGUGACGGAGGCGGCAAACCAGUCCGUAUGUAAGCUGACCGACCUGCUGGCCCUGGUCAAAGAAAACAAUGCAUCAGUUCUUCUGAGAAUCCAUCACCUUCCAGCCGGUCACCCCCAGUACGAGACCUACAUCAACAUCACCGUGUCCACCAUCCUGCAGUCUGGACUGCCCCAGGAGCGGGUUAUUUGGCUCUCGGAUCAUGAGAGACCUUUUGUACAACAACUUGCUCCAGACUUUCAACAAGCUUCAAGCAUCAAAAGAGAUCCUAAGUUCAUGAAGGAUAGGGACAUCACCUUCAUUAACCUGAGGUACACAGAGGUCAACCAAGAAGACAUCAGAGAAUACAGUUCACAGAAUCUGACCCUCAGCACGUACACCGUCAAUGAGCCGUGGUUGUUCUCGGUGCUGUGGUGUGCCGGCGUGGAGUCCGUCACAUCUGACGCCUCUCACAUCCUCAGUAAGGUGCCUUUCCCCAUCUGGUUACUGGCUCCAGAUGAAUACUCGCUCAUAUGGAUCACCUCGGAUAUCAUAUCAUUCACUGUAAUUAUAGGAGUGUUCAUCCUGCAGAACUAUCACAUAAUCAGGUGGCGACUGGGCAGCAUCAGAACCUAUAAUCCGGAACAGAUCAUGCUGAGCGCCGCGGUGCGGAGGACAAGCCGGGACGUCCGGAUCAUGAAGGAGAAACUCAUCUUUUCAGAAAUUAAUAACGGCAUGGACACCCCCGAGGAGCUGUCACUGUGCUCUGAGAGCCGCUACGACGGUUUCUCCAACAACGCCAUAACUCCAAGCACAGACUCGAAAACCACCAGCAACCAGAGAGUCGAUGAGACCUGACAGGAAGAGGCCCGAUACAUGUUUACAGUGAAAUCCACAGAAGACCCCCUCGUCCUCGGCGUCCACGUCUUCCCAAGACGGGGGAAUUUUACGGGACUACUUUAUGCCAGGAUAUUGUUUAUUUUUGCAGAUUUUUUUCUCUUAGUCUUGUUGUAUAAUUCGGACUGUGAGGUUGUAUAUAUGUAGAAAAUAAUUUGAUUCCUUUUUUUUUUCUGCCCUUCGUGUAUUUUGUGACUAGGACACAAGCAAGUUCUUGUGGAAAUUGAUUUUUUUCUUUUAUUUUAUUUUUUCAAUUUAAACCGAGAAAAUGUUGAACACAGCCUGAUGGAGUCCGUCCCGUUCUUACAAUAACCUCGCCACGCGGUCUGAUAAAAAUAUUGUGUAUAAGGGGGCAGCACAGUCUUCUCAUACUGGAGGCGGCCAUUUCGUAUCUUUUUAACACCAGUAGUUUCAGGAUAUGUCUAGAAGUGGUCACAGGAAGUUCUGUCUGCUAUACAGUACACUGCCUCUCCAGGCUGCACAGACUUGUCAUAGGCCCCUCCCACUCAGACAGUAUGAGAGGAUGGUAGAUAUCAUUCAACUUCAAGAUCUAUACAUGAAAAAGGGCAGAGAGGAGAACGUGCAAGAAGGAUUUAGAGUUAUCUGUCUAUAUAAAGCUGAAGCGUCCCGGGGGUGGGGGGGGGGGGGAUGAUAAUGUGUAAAGGACGGAGAUUAUCAAUGAUUACCUCCUUCUCUAAC